CCUAGUGUCCUGCGCAAAAAAAAUCAGGAAUGUGCUGUACUCAUGUCAAGGAGGCCAAAAACCCCUCGCAGUUCUGGUCAGAGAGAACACUUGCAACAUAUUUCCCGUUUUCCACGUGAGAGAGCACGGACUGGCUGUACAUGCGUGUAUAUUUGCUAUCGUGACCCCCAACUCCGCCGGACUCCUGACACAUGCUCCUCCUGCUUCUCGCUCUAGCUCUUCCCUUGCUCUCGCUCAAACCCGAUCGGUCCGAACCCCGAUGGGUCGCUCCGCUCCAACGGUGUGAUGGAUGGUUAUCUGGGAGUUACAGAACCUUACUCUCGUUAGGGUGCGGCCAAAUUUUAUCAUUACCAGCUGAACGAAAACAAAGGGUCGCCGGUUUUCAGAAGGCGCACGACAGAUCACAGCUGCAGUACAGACGAAUGACCGCAAUGCCAAGAUGGUCCGAUAGGGGAUGGCGCAUUGCCACCGCUCGAUCAGCCUGAGGUGAAAUGUCUUGAGCAAGUCUCGAGUGCUAUCAUCAUUG